CUAAAUUCAGACAGUGGUAGAAAUGUGUACUAAGCGAGUCGUUUCUCCGAGGAUUCGUCUGCAAGUGAUCUUAGUGAUCUUUCCGCAUGGUUGCUAGAUUGUAUAUUAGUUCUCACUGUCAAUUUUUGUAUCGGUGAGAUUAGAAAAGAAAAGUGAAAUUAAUAGAAAUCCUUGUCAUUUCAAGUCAGUGAAAAAUUCGUAAAGAAUGACUGGUGCAAGUGGCGCGAGCGUGACCGGUCCGCUACCAAAAUGGCAACUUGCUUUAGCUGUUGCAGCGCCGGUCGCACUAGGUCUUGGUUAUAUGUAUUAUAAAAACAGCUCUAAGCCUUCUUCAAAGCCUAGUCGCGGUAAAUCAAAGAACUCAAAAAAAAAUGGCGCACCAGCCACCGAUAAACAAAUAUCAAUCGAUAUUGAUUGUCCUCCAAAAAGUACAACUGAAACAGAGACUCUAUUGGAAAAAGCUCAGAGAUUAAAAACUGAAGGAAAUAAACAAUUCAAAAUAGGAAAAUAUGAUGAAGCAAUAACUCAAUAUAAUAAUGCUAUUGAAAUAUGUCCAAAAGAGAAUACAGAAGCUCUUGCUACAUUUUAUCAAAAUAGAGCAGCUGCUUAUGAACAACUGAAAAAAUAUAGUAGCGUAAAAGCAGAUUGUAAAAAAGCUUUAGAAUUAAACCCAAAAUAUGCCAAAGCAUUAUUACGCCGAGCAAGAGCAAUGGAAUAUUGUAAUGAAUUAGAAUCAGCUUUAGAGGAUGUGACUACUGCUUGUAUUUUGGAGAAUUUUUCUAAUCAAACUGCAAUUGUAAUGGCAGAUAGAGUUCUAAAACAAUUAGGUAGACAGCAUGCAAUGGAAUAUUUGGCAAAUAAAAAAUUAGUUAUGCCUAGUAAAUAUUUUAUUAAAACAUACAUCAUUACUUUCCAUAAAGAUCCUGUUCUUUCAAAUCUUCAAGAUAUUAAUUAUAAUAAUUUACCUAUGGGUUUUGCAAAAGCUUUAAAGUGUGUAAAAGAACAAGAAUAUGAUGAUGUAAUACCACUCUGUACUGAAGUAAUCAACAGUUCUGAACCAGAUAUACUGCCACACAAAAUGAAAGUAGUAUUGUUACGUGCUACGUUUUAUCUUCUAUUAGGACAACAUGAUGCUGCAUUAGAAGACUUUGGAACUAUUAUAAAUAAUUCUACUGUUUCAAAAGAUAUAAAAGUGCAUGCCUUGAUAAAAAGAGCUGCCUUAUUUAUGCAAUUAGAAAAUCCAGAUAAGAGUUUCUGUGAUUUUGAAACAGCUAUUGACCUUGAUCCUGAGUGUGGUGACAUUUAUCAUCAUAGAGGACAUGUAAAUUUACUCAUGGAAAAAAUAGAUGAAGCCAGAGAAGAUUUUAAGAAGGCUGUUGAACUGAAUCCUAACUUUGGAGUAGCAUAUGUACAAAAGUGUUAUGCAGAUUAUCGUUAUGGAAUGAUGGAAAGAAGUAAAGAAUUAGUAGAAGAAGCUAUGAGAAAUUUUGAAAAUGCUUUUGAAAAAUUUCCAGACUGUCCAGAAUGUUAUACUCUAUAUGCACAGAUGUUAACAGAAUUACAAGAAUAUCGAAAAGCUGAUAUUUAUUUUGCUAAAGCAAUUGAAAAAGAUCCAUGUAAUGCUACAGUUUAUGUACAUAGAGGUUUAUUACAUCUACAAUGGAAUGGUGAUGUAGAUAAAGCUAUUGAAUAUAUUAAUAAAGCAUUAGAAAUGGAUGAUAAGUGUGAAUAUGGAUAUGAAACUUUGGGAACGAUUGAAGUUCAAAGAGGAAAUGUAGAGGAAGCGAUGAAUCUAUUUGACAAGGCCUUGGCGUUAGGUCGCACAACAAUGGAACUUACACAUAUUUUCAGUUUGAGAGAUGCUGCAAAAACACGGCUCAAGAUAAAAGAGAGAUUAGGAUCAGAUGUAAUGUUAAAUUUCCAAAAUAUUUCAUAAGUUUUUAUGAAGCUAUUAAACAUUGAAAUUUCAAAUAAAAAUGCACGUGGUUACCAGAAAUAAGAAGUGAAAUUUGAUAUCUUCUAUAUGAAUAUAAUUUUAUACAAGGUUUUAAUAGAAGUUCUGCAAUAAUCGAGACAUUCAUUGCUUUUACAACUAUUUAUACUAUAUAGUUUAAUAUAGUUGAAGUUAUAUUGAAUUUAUUAAUAAUUUAUUUGAUUCAUGAAAUUUGCUUCUUUUAUGAGAAAAAUUUCAAGUAUGAAAUAAAAGUUAGUAUUAUAGUAUGAAAUUUUUUUCUAAUAGUUUCUAUAAUAACAAUUUUUUAAAAUUGCAUUUACAAAAAUAUUUAGUUUAUUUUUACUAGAUCUAAGAUUCUAUUCAUAAUUAUUAAUUUUA